CUGGUGUCACAUAAACAAUUCGUCUUUGUCAAAGUCUGCCUUAAACUGAGGAAGUUCGCAUUUUACCUUCCAACCUUCAUCAUGUCUCACGUAGUAGCUAGACAUGGAGUAGUCACCAUCUAGUUUAAAUAGUGCACGGCCGUCUAUCAUCCCCACAGUUUUAGAUUUACGCUGUGCUACUUCAGUUCUCAUCUAUUUGGUAAAUCGCUGAAGAUUGUUAUAAUGGAAGCAAUACUCGGAGUUCUAGCUUUUAUUGUUGCUACCAGCUUGGCACAAGUCGGACCUAAUGCGGCUUCCGGGUAUACCAACAGAUUGUUGCCGGCGCUAAACAGGCGAGGGCGUCCUAACGGCAGUGAUAGCCGGUCCGGGGGGCAGGGGAUCAAUCCCGCAUCAGACCAGGGUCCGGGUUUCAAACCCGCAUCAGACCAGGGUUUUAUCACAAGCUUCAGUGGACCGGGUUCAAAUCCUACCAGACCAGUGGGAGACGCCUCAAACGUGGGUGGUGUGGGUCACAUGACUCCCGUUAACCGCUGUACACAGCUAGACGCAGGCUGUGUCACCACACAGGUGGACCCUGCCCCGAUAUGCAAGUACACAUAUGACUACACACAAAUCAAGUGUGUUAAAGUCGAGGUCACCAGCGAGUGUGUUGCUAUACACGGUGGAGUGAGCAAUUUAUUUGACACACUUUUAGAGUGCGAACAACACUGUAAUUAGGUCAUGUGUAAUUAGGUAAUGUGUAAUUAGGUAAUGUAUAAUUAUGUAAUGUGUAAUCAGCUGAUGCGUAAUUAGGGCAUGUGUAAUAAGGUCAUGUGUAAUUAGUUUUGGUUUGUAAUAAGUUCAAAUGUAAUUAUGAUAUAUGUAAUUAUGUCAGGUGUAAUUAGAUCAAACGCAAUGAGGUCAAAUGUAAUUGUGUCAUGUGUAAUUAGGUCGUGUAUAAUUAGGUCAUGUGUAAUUAGCUGAUGUUUACUUGGGUGAUGUAUAAUUAGGUGAUGUGUAAUAAAGGGACGAUAAAUUAGUGAUAUGUAAUAGUGUGAUGAGUAAUUAAUGAAUAAUGUAAUAAUACAUACAUUUUUUCAACCCUUAUUAGGGUUGUUGAGUGGUGUGUCUAAGGCUAAGUGUCGCAUGGCGGUGCACACCCCUUUACAUGCCCAUGUGUGAUUGGGUGAUGUGUAAUUAGUCAUUGUGUGAUCAGUGAUUUGU